UUUACCGGCAACGACUACAACGACGUCAACUCAAGUCGGCCAUUACUGUCGCAGUCGUUGUGCUGUACGUUUUGCAUUUCGUGGAUUUUUCAUUUCUACCGUCCAGGCUCCUACGUUUCCUCAUCCGUAUUUACGGAACUGCGAACACCUCGCAUAAACGAUAAUUAUCCAAUUAAUAUCGUCGAGUAAACGAUCAGAAUAUCAAGAUGACUGAAGAUUACUUUUGGGGUAAGCAUGUUAGUAUAGUUCGCGCGCAAUAGGCUAAAAUUUUUACGCUUGUGUGUAACUCACAUGUAUACUGUGUGAAAUUACAAUUUUUCCCGUUUUCGUGUUUUCCAUCAUAUUUUGUCGUGCGCGAUCGACUUGUUUCUUAACAAUUAUUUUUCGACAAAGGACGGCGCCAUUUUUGUCCCCUUGGAGGCCUCCCGCGUUCGCGUUGUCCUCCGGCCAUAGCAAAAAAUCACAUGGUCGCCGCCGUCUUCAAGUUCGCGUUCUUUAUUUUUUUUUUAAUCGUUAAUCUAUUGUCUACACACGCGUAUUGAACGUACAUUUUUUCAGCCCCCGUUUAUAUAUUUCAAUUGUCGCAUAUUUAAUAUUGCUGAAUUUCGCGUUUCCGUGCGUUUGGCGCGCGCUGUUCAGUCAACUUCGUGAUUGUGCGCGUGCGCCCGCGUGUACACGUUUAUUACCAUCCUAGCACUGUACCUCGUGCGCCCUUCAUAAUUAUUUUAGUAUGUCGCUACUACCGAUUUUGUUGAGUACCUACCUACACGACAUGAUCAUGAAACGCAAAACGUGGUGUUUUACGGAAAAUGUUCAAACACGUUGAUAGAACAUUAAAUGUUAUAACCGCCAAAUUCUUUUAUUUCAGAAUUUAUAAGCGUAGUGUUGGAUUAUACUUGAGUAUCAAAUUAAUUAUUUAACAAAAGAUUUUUUUUUAAAUAUUUAUAUAGUCAAAAUAAUUGAAUACCUAUUAAAAAUACUAUCUGAUCAUCAAACUCUGAAAGAACGAAAUAAUUAGGAACGUUAAGAUUGGGUUCAAACUCGUUUUCGUAAUUCUGUAUAAUCUAUUAAAUGGUAGCUCUAACCUGCAUUUAUUUUUUUUGUAAACUUACAAAAUGUGGUAGGUAAAUCAAUGUUUGACACUAGUGAACACAUUAUGGAACAAACCUGGAGGAUAGCUAUUUGAAAAGCUACACAUAUCUGAAAUUAUUUCCUUAUGAAAACCUAAAUUGUCUAUAAUUGUAUCGAUUAAUUAUAAAAACUUGGUGAUUAAAAUAGUGUUUAUUUUUAUAGGAGUUACUUUGGACAAGUCAAAGAACACUGAAGUUUGGGAUCCUGAUGUAAAACCUGAUGCCAAUGACAGUUCUCAUGUAUUCAGAGGUGAACACACUUUGCUUGUGAAACAGGUUAGUAAAAAAAAAAAAAACACUUAGUUACUAUUUUAAUAUAAUAAUUGUUUUAUUUUCUCUAGGCUGUUCUUGGAUCAGAAGUACCGGAUGGGGAAGUUAAUGUUGUUGAAGUUGAAGCCAUGGGUUACAAGUCUGAUAUCAAGUUCCCUGUUGUUGUAUUGAAAGGAGGUACUGGUCUUAGCCAAUGUGUGCUCGACCUUCUAUUUCCAGAUCCACCAGUUACAUUCAAACUCGUUAAGGGAAAUGGUCCUGUCCAUUUAUUGGGAAAUCACUCAGUUGGUAGUAAGUAUUUAUUAUUGGUAUAAUGUAUUUUAUUUAAAUAGCAAUGAUGAAUUUUUGGGUAAUUUGCAUCUGAUAGAUUUUUUGAUGAACAUAAUAUGUAUUCUGAGCUAUUUUUUAUAUUUUUGACUUGAUCUGAUAAAUAGUAGCAAUUAUUUAACACAUAUAUUUUUAAUUGGAGUAGCUGGUGAAGGAAUCGCAGAUGAAGAAGAUGAUGAUGAAAUUGAUGAAGAAUUUGAAGAGGAAGAGGAAGAAGUGAUUGAAGAAGAAAAAAACAGUGUUGGUUAAAUUUCAACUUAAUAUUAUUUAUUUUAUUUAAUGUAUUACUUAAUAAAUAUUAAUAAUAAAUUUAUUUCAGGUAGAUGAAAAAAAACGUAAAAUAGCAGCUAAUUCUAAUUCAAAAGGAGGCAAAGCUGCAAAGAGGCCUAAAGUAGACAGCGAAGUAAUUAUUAUUGGUUUUUUUUUAUCUUAAAGCUAUUAAGCUAUUGUGCUAUAUGAUGCAUUGUUUUAUUAUACUUCAGUGAUAUAUUUAGGAAUGCAAUAACGUUUAUGAUUUUAGCCCCUUUGAGGCACACAUAAAUUUUUUUUUUAUUCAAAUUUACCACUCUUUAAAUUCAAAAAAUAGGUAAUUUCACUAUAAUACCACAUUGCCUCAAAGGGUUAAGUUGUUAUCUUUAGAAAAAUUGGAUAGUGCAAAAAAAACUGAGGACGUACCCCUAGAUAAUACAUCACUGAAUAUAUUCACUGUGUAUAUUAUAAUAUAAAAUUUUGAAUUUAUUUUUAUUAUGUAGUUAUUGUUUUAUAGCUUACUAAACAUUUUUUUUUUUUUUUUUUCAGAGUAACUAAACUCAAAAACAUCGGGCUUUAAUGUUCCUGGAUGUUUUAAAUUCCAUAUGAAACAAGAGACACUGUCCUCUGGUGUUAAUUUAUUUAACAAUUAAGUUUUUUUUAAUUUCAACUUUAUUUAGUCGGACCUCAUUCUAUAAUUAAUAGUAGAUGAUUUAAACUUAUAUUUAAGAAUCCUAUCUAAUUGUGUUUAAAUGCAUCCAGAAAAUAUUGAAGCAACUAAAACUACGGUUUUAUUUCUGAUAUUAUCUUUUUUUUUAUAUAAAUAUAAUUUAAGAUCCACCUUUAUACAAUAAAAUAAUACAAUGUCUUGUUUUGAAUCGAAUUUUUUACAUCAUAAUUAAUUUGUUAUUUUCUUAAAUAUAAAAUUACAUAUCCUUCAACUGAUUUAAUGCAUAACAUGUAAUGUAAGAUGAAUCAUAUGCUGUUGUACAAAACUUUGAUCCAUUUCUGGUGAUAAAUUGACAUCCCAUAAACAGUGUAUCCUCUUUUGUAUAACAAUAUGCUAAUGUAAUUGUCUAAAAUUUUGAAAUUUAUCAUAAAAUAUAAGUUCCAAACAAAAUAAUUCAUCGGCAAUUACUGUAGAGUUAAGUUUCCAAACUCUUAUCCACGAGUCUUCAGAUACAGUUAAUAACAAAUCUGUAUCUUUUGCAGCAGACAUGGACGUUAUACUGCGAGCAUGUGCAGAUACCUGAAUUAUCAUUGGAAAAUGAUCUUCAGCAUCAUUAUUUGCUACUCUUAUAGUUUGAUCAAAUAUUCUAAUUCUUCCACAUCCAUAACCUACAGUUAUUAAUCCAGUUCUUGUUAUUUCUGUAGUAGUACACGGUUGUCUAAAAACAUAAGU